GGAUGUCGCUGUGCUGACUCUCCUCUGGUGAGAAACUCUGGCCUUCCCAAUGAUCUGACAGACAGACAGGAGGAUCUGGAGGAGCUGUAUUGUUUCAGUGCAGCUUGACCAGGAAAUGACUUCGUCAGAAAAUCAGGGUGAUGGCCAGGACACUGUGACCUUGAGACGUCUGAGAGUGGUGCUAAAACAGCAACACAGGUUAGACAUCAAUACGAACCGAGGUCAGAGUUAAUAAUAGAUUUGAGUACUAGAUUAAAAGCUUUAAAGUAACAUAUAAAUGUUUACCAUCUGCCAUUAAAUUACACAAUAUUAACAACCUGUCCUCCAGAUACCAAUUGUACAUUGCUGUAUGUUUUUGUCAUGUUCCAAAUGCUAAUUGUGAGCUUUGUUUUCAGGUUUUUACAGCAUGCAAUCUAAACUUCAGAGUAGUCAUUUUAUCAGUGAUGGAGUGCAUUCAUCUGACACGAACCCUCAAGACCUAUAUUUAGAGGUGUAAACUUUUGGUGCUGAUGUUGGACAUGCGGGGGAUUCUCUAGCCACUUCCUCAAUCCUACCUGUCUUUUUCAUUAUUGCUGCUGUCAGUCAUCAGAAAGACGAAACUCGCUGUAGUCCACAUGGCUCAUAUAUGUUAUGCCACUACAUCUGUAUCAUACCAUGGACAAAUGUUUCUGACCUUCAUCCCCCUCGUGUGCACAGCGUUGGCCAGUGGGACAGCCAUGGAGGACACCCUCACCUGCAGCCCUGCCACCUUCUCCCAGGUGUUUGGACGUCAGGGACAGCUCAUGCAGGCUACGGUCCAGUCUCUGAACAGUCUGAAUGACCAGAUAGUCCACUUCAUGGUGACCAGGCCCGGUACUCUGUCCCGGGAGGACGAGGCCUUCAUGCCUGGAGAGAGAGACACCUUGAAGAAGUCCAUGGCCCUGAUGAGGCACCUGCUCAUGGACGCACAGGGGAAAAUCCUUAAAAUGAUGGAAGACAAUAAGCAGCUGGCUCAGAGGAUCGAUGGGGCCAUCCAGUCUGCCAGUCAGGAGGUGACCAACCUGCGCUCAGAGCUGUCGGCCACCAGCCGUAGACUGGCAGAGCUGGGGGCCAGCAGCCCCCCCUCGCCCCUGGAGAACAACCACCAGCAUCACCAGCACAACCACCAUGACCAUGACAGCCUCCGCUACCAGGAUCACAGGCAGAAGUCAGUGGUGAGCGAGAUCUGUUACCAGACAGAGAUCUCCAGCCUCAUGGACUUUGGCACCCCAGACUCCUCGCUCGACAAAGUGUUGCUGCGUGAGGAGGUGGCCCAGCUGCAGGAGGAGGUGCACCUGUUGAGGCAGAUGAAGGACAUGUUGAGUAAGGACCUGGAGGAGACCCAGGGCCAGGGCUGCUCCUCCCACCUCCUUUCAGCUACUGAGCUCCGUGUGCAGCUGGGAGACAAGGAGCAGGAGCUGGACCGCGCCAAGGAGGCCUUACAAGCUAUGAAGUCUGACCGUAAGCGUCUGAAGGUGGAGAAGGCCGACUUGGUGAACCAGAUGCAGCAGCUGUACACCACACUGGAGAGCCGGGAGGAGCAGCUCCGAGACUUCAUACGCAACUACGACCAGCACCGUAAGGAGAGUGAGGAUGCUGUGAAGGCCCUGGCUAAGGAGAAGGACCUGCUGGAGAGGGAGAAAUGGGAUCUGAGGAGGCAGACCAAAGAAGCUACAGAGCAGGCCUGCAUCCUGCGUUCUCACAUGGACAUGAAGGAGAACCGCAUCAAAGAGCUCGAGGCUGAGCUCACAAUGGCGAAACAGUCCCUGGCCACGUUGACUAAGGAUGUGCCGAAGCGCCACUCCCUGGCCAUGCCCUCAGAGCCGGUGGUGAACGGCAGUCAGGAGUGGGCGAUGCAGGGAGACCUGCCCCUCACCGCUGCCAUCCGCCAGAGCCAACAGACCCUCUACCAUGGACACACUGUGGACCGCCAGGCGGUGGUCAGGGUCAGUCCCUGUCACUCCCGCCAGCCCUCCAUCAUCUCGGACGCGUCGGCGGCUGACGGGGAUCGGUCGUCCACCCCAAGCGACAUCAACUCCCCCCGCCACCGGACCCACUCCCUCUGCAAUUCUAUGGAGGACCUGGAGGACCAGAAGCGUAAGACAAAGAAGAAGGAGAAGAUGAGUCUGGGCUCCCUGUCCCGGGUGUUUGCUCGGGGAAAGCAGCGCAAGUCAAUGGACCCGGGCCUGUUUGAUGACUCUGACAGCCUCUCCAGACUAUCAACACAACAACCCAGCCUAUCAGACGGAGAGGAGCAGCUGGACCGCCUCCAGCAGAUGGAGCUCACUCGGAACAUGCCCAUGUCACUGUGGAAGGCAGGGGCGGUACAAGCCUGGCUGGAGGUUGUCAUGGCAAUGUCCAUGUACCUUCGUGCUUGCUCGGAAAACGUCAAAAGUGGGAAGGUGCUGCUGGGGCUGACAGACGAGGACCUGGAGCUGGGACUGGGCAUCAGUAACCCCAUGCACCGCAGGAAGCUACGUCUCGCCAUCGAGGACUACAGGGAGGCAGAGGCUGGCCAGGGGCUAUCAAAGGCUGCUGAAAUGGACCAUCAUUGGGUUGCCAAAUCUUGGUUGAGUGACGUCGGGUUGCCCCAGUAUUCCCAAGCCUUCCAAAGCCAACUGGUGGACGGCCGGGUGCUCAACUCCCUCAGCCGACGAGACCUGGAGAGACUCCUGAACAUCACCACCCAGUCCCACCAAACCAGCCUGCUCCUGGCCAUCCAGCUCCUGCAAUUGCUCAACUUCGACAAAGAGGUCCUGGAGGCUCGCCGAGCCCAGAGUGAGCACAAGGACCAGGACCCAGUGGUUUGGACUUGCCACAGAGUUAUAAAGUGGAUCAGAGACAUAGACCUAAAAGAGUAUGCUGACAGUCUUCAUGGCAGGGGAGUCCAUGGUGCUGUGUUGGCUCUGGACCCCUCAUUUGAUGCAGAUGCCAUGGCCAAGGCCCUGGGAAUCCCCAGCCACAAACAUAUGCUUUAUCGGCACAUGUAUGAGGAGAUGAAGGCUCUCUCCAUCCCUGCCAGGCAAACUAGUGUGGAGCAGGAUUGUGAAGUGCCGGGAACGGGAGACCCACCACAAUCCCCUUCUGCUGUUAGCCGCUAUAACGAGGAGAUAGUGUCUAUGAGACGAAGGUCAGGCAAGAGUCCUCUUCGGUUUAACCCAAAGAUCGCCAUUGGACGGGGCCUUGGUUACCAUGGCAGCUGUGGAUCUCUGCCCAGAGAGGCACGGGUGCAGGCUGUGCCCAGGACAAAGGGAAGUCCCAUGCACACCUACAAGAGUGUUGAGAUCACCAAUGUCUGAACUGUGCCCUGUGGGGGGGAUACAGGUGGUUGACUCCAGGAGGAUGAUCAUUCACUUUGGUCAGGAUCUCUGGAGGGAAGAAGUACGCCUGAUGUCCCGGUCCUUUGACGACCAUGCCCUGUUUCAUGUAUCUCUGUUUCAUGUAUCUCACUGCCUGGCCUGGCCGGCCUCCUCCCUGUGCAGGAAAGUGAUUUUGGCCCGGCCUGCCUGGGUUUCCUGGCUCAAAUCAGUUGCAGAUGUCCACUACUUGGAACUUGGAACCCAUAUCUUCGGAACCCGCCAUUCCCUGGGUUCCAUGUACGUUUAUAAUUACAUUCCAUAUUGUGAGAGAUAACUGGCCUUGAGUUAAGACAACAGCCAUCAGGAGAAUAAGGUGGGGGGGGGGGGGGGGGAGUCUGGAAAAUUGCUAUAGCAGAGCUUGCAAUUUGUUCAAAUAGCUCAAAUAUGGCCAAGAGGCACAGACUACAGUUUGUUAUGUUUGUCAGAAAUAUAAUACAAUUCCAUGUAAACAUGCUGGAAAAAUUCCUAGAAACUACAGAGGCCACACAGCUUUUCAUAUUGUUGAAUUAAACUCUUUUGUUUGUUAUUUGCAAAGGAGUCUUUAAUUUCAUUGUAAAUAUGGGAAAAUAUUACAUUCUAAUAUUCAAUUCAUUAUAAGGUCAAGAUUUUACUGUCUCUCAGUGAUUUACAAUAUUGUAAAUAUUUGUACAGUUUGCAUUACGGAUAAUGAAGGUCUAAUGCCAUGGUGUAGAAUGUUUACGUAGGCCAGGAUGUCAAGGGAAAUCUUAUUUGUUUUAUCAUCAUUAACUCAGAGUGCACGAGUAUACAGUACAACAGUAGAGCAGUGUAUUUCACCAGAGCAUUCCACAACCAUAUCACACAUUCAAACAGCUGGAGGGGGCAUAGAACCAGAAGAAAACAGGUAUAUCAGCUAUGGCGAUCUCCUACAAAAACCAAACCCAGCACCGUGGUGAACAUAGUCAGUCAGAUAGACAUACAAAGUGGGAACAUUAGGCUUGUUCAAACUAGUCAAAUGUGGUUUGAAUAUCAAAGGCUUAUGCGUUACAGAAAACACACACUAAAUUGUUGAUUUGUUCUGGCGUAAAACAAUCCCCUUUCACUCAAGCAUAUCACAUACAUAUAGUCAGACUACUAACAACAGAAAAGAGGGGCAAUUUCCUUGAAAUGAGAAAGAGGUCAGAGUUUAUAUUGUACGUUUUCAAAUAGGUGUUUAUGAAGUAAUUAUGUACUGUACAUGUGCCACUGCUGAAAAAAAUGUUUGAAACUGCUGUACAUGAACUACAAUACAUUACUUGUGUUUUGUGUAGGCCUACUCAAUAAUAAAGAUGUAAAUGCUA